AUGACAGAAGAGCUCCAAACACAGCAGCAAAACCAACAGUCCCAAUCCCAGCAGCAACAGCAGCAGCAACAACAGCAGCAACAGCAACCCAAUCAACCUCAACCGAAAGCUCGUCUCGGGCCGAAUGAUUAUCGCAAUUCUGAAUUCGUCACGAAACUCAUGGCAGCUAACCCGCCCUACCUGUACUCCCCGGCAAUCGGACCACAUAAUUUCUUCUUCAGCGAAAUGUUGCGCUCGUUGGUUGCAAAUAAACGAAACGAAAGCCUUCGUAAUGCAGAACAAUUGCACCACCAGCAGCAGCAACAACAUCAACAACAACAAGCCCAAGCACAAGCUCAAGCUCAAGCCCUAUCGCUACCUACUCGUAGACCAAGGAAAAGAUCCUGGUCACAGCACAGACUGUAUCCUGAAUCUCCCAGAGACAGCAAAGAGUCAGAAGAAAAAAUUCCCGGACAACCAGAAAAACCACUAGAGCUAACAAACAAAUUGUCCGCCUUCACUCGAAACAUAACCUCCAAAUAUCAAGAUGACAGCAACGACAACUACAAACCACCACAGGACACAAAACCAUCCAGCGAAAAGUCUUCCCUGAACAACAACCUCAUUCCGGACCCCCCAACCGCCUCGAUGCCCCCUUCGGAUCUGAUUUUACCCCCUCCGCCCCCGGUCUGGUAUCCACCGCUGUAUCCACCGUACGGAAUCGAUCCACUGCACUUUUUCAUAGACCUUCGCGUUUCCGGACACAUCUACGAUCGCAAAAAGGAACUGGCAUCACCGGACUCGGAAGGUUCGACGGCUGCGGUCAAGAACGAACACUCCAAGCUGAUCGGAACCAACGAUCGGCAGGGAUCGGCCUUCAGUGUACCGAAGCCACGUGAAGGUUUAAAACCGAAUUCGGCCAUCAAUUUGAGCUCACCCCCACUGCCAGCCGGCGAAGGGGAUGAGAAUCCGCUAAAAGAUGCCUCGGCCCUAUUUUUGAGUGACUUCAAAGAGAACAAGUACGAUAUCAUCAAGAAUACGAACUACGUCAUGCAAAAUCUGCCCCGAAUCUACGGUGAUCUGAAUCACACCCAGAAGGAGCCGGGUGAUGAUGACGCGAACGGGAAUUUAAGUGAUGAUCAGCUGGAUUGCAAGUCGGUUGGUUCGAAUGACGAUUACAACGUGCUGGCAGACGAUGGGAAGCUUAGAGAUUCCGAUUUGAAUGUUAUCUCCGAUGAAGAUGAAUCCAUAGCUGUGGAUGAAAAUUGA